UAGUUAGCAUUAGCAUGAUAAGCUAGCGUUAGCUGGAUAACACGGUUUUACUCUGGACAUUAUCAGAUGAGUUGAGGUGAAUGAAUGAAUGAAUGAUGGCAGCAGAGGUGAGUCGUGUAUCGGGGCUGUUAGGGUUUCAGAAUCAGAUCGCCUCAGUAAUGGAGGUGUUUGCUAACGCGGCUGUUACAGAAAUCUGUACAAUUCUGGAGCUCAGUUACUCGGAACUACAAACCCAGAUAAUAAAGCAUCAAAAACACCAAGAUCAACUAAACUCGCAAUUAUUAAAAUCUCACAAAGAAAAUCUGAUUCUCAAACGCAAACUUAAACUGAUGGAGAUCAGAGAGUCGUUUUAUAAAAGAGCCCCAAAACUGAGAGAGUCAACAGAGACACGCAGUGAGGGCAGGAGGGUUCGAGUGAGGAUCAGCUCAGUGCAGAGAGAACAGCGCCCCCCUGAGGAACCUGCUGCACCAAACCCCAUCUCCACAUCUCCUCCUCCUCCUCCUCCUCAUCAGGAGUGUAUGGUGGAGAAGGAGCAGCAGGAUGGAGAGGUGGAUGUUCUCAUUCUGAAACAGGAACAGAUGGAGAUGAUGAAUAAAGAACGAGAGCUGGAGACGAGUGAGAACCAGAGCAGCGAGAACUUCCUGCAGCAGAACUCAGUACAGCACCACCAACACCAGUGUGAUGAAGCUCAGGAGUUUUUGAAGAAGGAAGAAAAGUCGGAGGAGCUCAGAAACACGCCAACACACAUCGAAAGUCCGUCUGAUGGCGAGGCCUUGUUGGGUGCAGAAGCUGAAGACGACGUUGCUGUUUCUGAUGCAUCGUGGGACGGCAUGUUCGACUCCUCCGCACACACUCUCUCCUACUCUGGCCAGGAUCUCGGCGCAGGCGCGUCGGUUCACGAUUACUUCCUGCACAGAGAUACUACAGGACCUUUUAUUCCCGAGGUGAACUCCAGCGCCGCAGCGUUUCAUGAGGGACGCUUCCCUCUCACCGACGAGGACGUGGUCUCUCAGCACAGCUCCACGCUGAUCAGACCAGACCGCUACGUGGCGUGUAAGUUCUGUGGUAAACAUUUCCCUCACAGCAGCGCUCUGGUGCUGCACCAGCGCAUUCACACCGGAGAGAAGCCCUACUACUGCGCCUUGUGUGGGAAACGUUUUAGCCAGGCCGCCAGCCUGAAGAAACAUUACGGCAUGCACCGCGGAGAAAAACCCUUCAGCUGCACCCACUGUGGAAAACUCUUCUCCGACCAGAGCAACCUGAAGAAACAUCUCAACGUUCACACGGGCGCCAAACCGUACGGCUGCACGCAGUGUGGAAAGACCUUCAACCAGUCGUCCAACCUGAAGACCCACAUGAAGAUCCACACACGCGACAAACCCUUCAGCUGUGAGCUUUGCGGCCAGAUCUUCGCCUACAAGAGCAGCUUGGUCAAACACCAGCAGAGGAACUGUUUACUGCUGAACCCUGUCCAGAACUCUCUCCAGAACCCUAUCCAGAACUCUCUCCAGAACUCGCUGGGACAGUUCCAGAUUUAGUCAGGCACACAGAAGUAUCAGGAUUCAGUCACUGCAGUGUUUUCUUCAGUAUUUUCUCUUUUUAUCUUUUAUAUAAAUCUGACAUGUUUUAUUGUGCUUUACUGUGUCAGUAUUCAACCCCAUUCUGAUCACACUGAAUGAUUUUAGAUCAGUAACCUGGAGUUACACACAGAAAACCCCAGUAAAAAAGCCACACAUAGUUUUAUUUAGUUUAGGACACUGUCGCCUCACAGCAAGAAGGUCCUGGGUUUGAUUCCCAGGUGUGGCGGUCUGGGUCCUUUCUGUGUGGAGUUUGCAUGUUCUCCCUGUGUUUGGAGCUCCGGUUUCCUCCCACAGUACAAAGGCGUGUAAGUGAGAUGAACUGGAGACACUAAAUAGUUCAUGACUGUGUUUAAUCUUAAACCUGAACUGAUGAUUUUUGUGUAAACAGUAACUACUUGUCCUGUCCGGAAUGGAACCAGAGUGUAAAACACCACGUUAUAAUCAUCCAGUUUACCAGAUUUAAUUGAUGACAGUUUAGCUAAUUAAUCAAAGGUUUUAUUUCAGCAGCGCUGGGUUUUUUGUGUUUAGGUGGGUCAGUGAGCACCAAUCACGCUCGUAAGUAUCUGAGACUGAAGUCUGGUUCCAUUAGAGUGAGAACGUGAUUCCAGGAACUCUUUUACCAAAUCCAUAUUCACAUUUCUACCCUGAGUGAGUUCAAGUAUUAUUUCAUGAAACUGUAAAACAACUUCCAACAAAUAACUUUAUUUCUUUUUUUUUUCUUUUUUUUUGUAAUGUUUGAUAUCAGAAGUUUUUAGUUUUAAAUUAAUAAUCUGAUGUUAUAAUGUGAGAACUUCAGAAUUAAAGAGAAACUGAUUAACAGAUUUGCUUCUGUUUAUUUAUGUGUAAUUAAUGUGUGAUUAAACGGUGAUUAAUAGCUGAGAAUUCCUGCCAUUUAGCAUCACUGCUCAGUUACUCUAUAUGACCAAAAGUAUUUAGACAGCCCUACUGUUUUUUGUUUUUUUUUCAUUUUUGCUUUAAUCAUUUCUAACGUGUAUAAAAUUAAAUAUAUAAAAUAAAUUGUCCAGCUGUG